AUGUUACCACUAGAUGAAGAUAUCCUGCAGCGCUCUUCAGGAGAAAACCUCAUUACCCUUAAUGUACAUCCGGAACUUCACAGUACAGAUCUGUCAUAUAAUCCUCCUAAUUAUGAGGAACCUUCUCCUGACCAAUCACAGAUUGUUACCGCAAGUACAAGUCAGAAAAGGAUUAAAAGGUUUCAUUGUGGUAAAGAAUCCACAAACAGCUCAGGACUUUCUACACACCGAAGACAUCACAAAGGAGAGAAAACAUAUUCAUGUUCAGAAUGUGGGAAAUGUUUUAGACAAAAAUCAGAUCUUGUUAUACAUGAUAGAAUACACACAGGAGAGAAACCAUAUUCGUGUUCAGAAUGUGGGAAAUGCUUUACCCAGAAAGUAAAUCUUGUUAGACAUGAGAGAUGUCACACAGGAGAGAAGCCAUAUUCAUGUUCAGAAUGUGGGAAAUGUUUCACACGGAGAUCAAGUUUUGUUAAACAUGAGAGAAUUCACACAGGAGAGAAACCAUAUUCGUGUUCAGAAUGUGGGAAAAGUUUUACAGUUAAAUCAAAUCUUGUUAGACAUGAGAGAUGUCACAUAGGAGAGAAAGCAUAUACAUGUUCAAAAUGUGGGAAAUGUUUCACACGAAAAUCAUAUCUUGUUAUACAUGAGAGAAAUCAUACAGGAGAGAAAGCAUAUACAUGUUCAGAAUGUGGGAAAUGUUUUAGACAAAAAUCUAAUCUUGUUACACAUGUGAGAAGUCACAUAGGGGAAAAGCCAUAUUUAUGUUCAGAAUGUGGGAAACGUUUUUCAGAUAAAUCAAGUCUUCUAAAACAUAAGAGGAAUCACACGAGAGAAGCUUCAUUCUGAAUGAGAAAAAUGUUUUUGCUUCUAAAGCCAUAAUUAGGGGUCAUUAGUGAAGUCACACAAGAGAGAAGCCAUAUGGCCACAAUAUAAUGUAACAAUAUUCAGUGAGGAACA